AUGGCUGUAAGUACUUCUAUACUUUCAAUAAAAGACAAGCACAAUAAUGAAUUUUAUGACAGUGAAUGUAUGCAAUCAAAAGCACAUGCUGUCGAAUUACGAAUUGAUCCUUUACGAUAUGCAGUUGUAAAUAAAUUACAAGUUGCCGUAGAUAAACCAACGAUAAGUGCAUUAGGCAAAGGUCUGAACUUUGCUAUAACACCUAAGCAAUUACCUUACGAGAUUGUAAUCUGCAGUAUCGAAGAAGCAAUAUUCCAAAAUAAUAUACCGAUUAACGAUGCAGAAAAAAUCCGUCAUGACGUCGCAGCAAUACUGUGCGAAUCAAAACUUCCACGCAGCAAUAUUACAAGGAAAGAAAGAAAAGCAUUGAUAGACAUUCGGAACAACAAAAACAUCAAAGUACUUAAAUCCGACAAACAAAACGUAGUUGUGGUCAUGUACACAUCUGAGUACAAUAAUCAAAUGAAAAAUUUGUUGAAUAACGAAAAAUUGUACAAGCCUGUAUCGUACAAUAACACAGCCAAAACGCACCAUUUACAGGCAGUUCGCAAAUAUCAGGAGGUUUUUACUACAGACGAGUUUGAGAAACUAGAUAAACCGGCACCUCAACAACCACCUAGACUAUAUGGUUUGCCUAAAAUAUGUGAGGAUAGCGUGUUAUUGGAACCCAUCUUAUGCCAAAUUGAUUCUCCAAUCUAUGAUCUCGCUAAACACAUGGUGCAAGCUUUACAGCCAUUAGUUGAAAAUUCGUCACGCUUUGUGAAGGAUUCAAGACAUUUUGUAGAGAUAAUCAAGGAUAUCAAAUUGGAACCUAACGAUAUCAUGGUAAAUCUUAACGUGCAGUCACUUUAUAUCAAUAUUUCUAUUAUAGAGUGUUUAAAUAUCGUAGAUCUAAACAUAUUGCCGUUGAGCUAUAUGAAUUUACUUGAAAUAUGUUUAUUCGGCAAUUAUUUUCUUUUCCAAGAUAAGUGUUACCUCCAGACUGAUGGAUUAACAAUGGGUAACCCUGUCAGUCCCAUAUUGGCUAAUCUUUGGAUGGAAAAGUUUGAGUCAAAAGCUUUACGUAAUGGUCAAAAUAUCAUCAAAGUGUGGAAACGAAAUGUUGAUGAAAUUUUCUGUAUUUUUACUGGGAGUAAAGCAGACGUUGAACAAUAUAUUACGUACCUAAGUUCCAUUAAUAAAAAUAUUAAAUUUACAUAUGAAAUGGAGAGAGACAGAACGUUGGCAUUUCUAGACGUUAAGGUAUCGGUGAAAGCAGAUAGAACUUUGUCACAUAGUGUGUACUGGAAACCUACAGAUAUAGGCAGACUCCUACAUGCGACAUCUCAGCAUCAUCCACGCUUCUUGCAAUCUGUAAUCACGUCAUUGAUGGACAAAGCAUACGAUCUCUGUGACUCUGAACAUUUAGAGCAAGAGAUAGACUACAUUCAUGAAGUGAUAAGAAAAAAUGGAUAUCAAAUAAAAAGGCGAUGUGAGCGACUAAAGACACGUGAACAGCCUCUAGUAAAAAGACAACCAACUUACAUGCCUUACAUCAAAGGAGUGACUAAUAAGAUUGGUUUGAUCUUACUAAAGGAAUACUCGAUACCAACGAUAUAUCAACCGGGAAUAAAAAUCAAACAAAUAAUAAACAAACCAAAGGACGACUCGCGGUUACGAAAACCGGGCAUCUACAAAAUAAAUUGUAGCUGUGGAUUGAGCUACAUAGGCCAAACGAAACGACCCAUCAUUAAAAGAUUCAAAGAACACCAAGCUGAUUUAAAACGUAAACAAAUUAAUAAGUCAGCAAUAGCCGAACAUGUGUUUUUAUCAGGUCGUGGUCACUCAAUAGAAGAUCAUGUUAAAGUUCUUUAUACUGAUCGCCGUAAUCAUUCCCGUAAUCAUUCAAGAAUUGUUCGGGAAGCAAUUGAAAUUAGGAAACAUUAUCCGUAUACAUUAAAUCGGAAUGAUGGAUUUAAAUUAUCAGCAAAAUGGAACCAAGUAAUUGAGAAAAUUAUUAAGAAAACAAGACCUCCGUGUAAAAAGUCUAUCAUAGUUAUGGACACUGAUAGCUUAGAGUGGUAA